AUGGCAGCGAUUGCCUUGACGGCAACGCAGUACGGAGAGCCGCGACCAGGCUGCGCGGAGGCGGGGUGGUUCUCGUACUUCACCUUCGGCUACAUCACACCUGUGGUCACAAAGGGCAGGUUCGAGCAGAUCGACCAGACCGAUGCCCCCAGGCUUUCUGCGUUGGAGGACACGGUGCAGAACUCCCACCUGCUCCUGGGCUGCCUGGAGGAGGCAGAGAGAGCCAGGCACGCUCACCCGCUGCUGCGCAGCAUCGUCGCUUCCUUCUGGAGGCCGCUCGCAGUCUUUGAGGGGCUGAAGAUGCUCGGUCACUGCUAUGGCCUCGUGAACCCGCUGCUGAUGAAGCAGGUCUUAAUCUUCCAGGAGUCUCAGAACUCCGGAAAGGAGAUGUCCACCGCUGACGUGCGGUGGGGCCUGAACUGUGUCGUUGCGCUGGUGAUGCUCGGGCUGUUCCACAUCGUGUGGAACUCGCAGGUGGAGUUCUUCCAGAACCGCCUGGAUCUUCGCAUCGCUGGGGCGCUCCGGGGCGCCGUGAUCAAGCGCUCCGUGCAGGGCAGCUCGCCGGGUGCGGCCGGGAGUGCUACGGCGAAGGGAGGGACCGACACUCCUACUGUGUACAACGUCAUCUCCUUUGACGUGGGACCCAACGUUAGCAUCCUGUGGGUGAUCCUGGGCAUGUGGCUCUUCCCCUUCCAGUUCGUGUCCACCGUCUCCGUCAUCUUCAGCCAGGUGGGCUGGGCGGUGGUCCCUGGGAUCUGCGUGGUGAUCGUCGCGAAGCUCGUGAGUGGGCUGCUCCUCUUCUUCGACGGCUUCUACCGGCACCGCCAGCUGCACGCCAAGGACCAGAGGCUCGGGCGCUGCAACGAGGGCUUCACAAACAUCCGCACGCUGCAGAUGCUCACCUGGGUGCCGCCGUUCGAGGACCGCAUCAUGCAGGCGCGGCGGGAGGAGCUCCGGCUGCAGAGGACUCGGCUCUGGCUGCAGAAGAUGAGCUCGGCCCUGGACUACAGCCUCUCGGUGAUUGUCACCCUUGUCACCCUCGCGUACUUCGUGACCGUCGAUGGCGGCCAGAUGAAGGCGUCCACGGCUCUGCCGCUGAUCAGCCUCGUGAGCAGCCUCAUCGGGCCCUUCGGGCAGUUCCCCGGGUGGAUCAACCACUACCUCGUCUGGAAGUCCGCCUACCAGCGCCUCAGGAGACGACUUCCUGGGCCUCGCGAUCUGGCCGCCGCCGGGCCGCCCCGCCCAGGCUGCGCGGCCGCCCGCCGCGCCCCUGGGCGGGGGCGCCCCGGUCGCCGCCUACGAGGCCUGCACGCUCUCCUGGGGCGCGCCCGCCGCCGACGCCGAGGGCGCCGCGGCGGCCCCCGCCGACGAGGAGUGAGGGGCUCGCCGAGGCCCACCGGCCGCUGCUGGCGCGUAUGGAGGAGGAGCGGUUCCGGCUGCAGGGGCUGGACGUCCAGGUGGGCCCGGGCCAGGUGCUGGUCGUCGUGGGCAGCGCGGGCCAGGGCAAGACUUCUGUGCUCCAGGGCCUGCUCGGCGAGAUGGCCGUGGAGUCGGGCGCCGUACGCUCCGCGGCCACGCGGCGCCGCGCGGAGGAGGGCGAGGCGGGCUCCACGUCGCGCCUGCUGCCGCCGACCAGCGACGAGGUGCGGAGGGUGCUCGCGCGGCGGAGAGCGAGGGGUCUGGGAGCCAGGGCACCGACGAGUUCGCCGUGCCCUACGCCCCGCAGGAGGUGAUGCUCAUGAGCGGCACCGUGCGCUGGAACAUCCUCUUCGGUGCUCGCCACGAGCCCAGGCUCUACAGGACUCGGGGUCCUGCGCGCCUGCGCGCUAG